UGCCAGCCGCUAUGUGCCUCCAUACUCCUCCGUUGAGAUAUUCCGGAAACGUUUGGACACUGGGCGGGAUGAUCCCGUGGAAGAGAACUGAGAGGGGGGGUUCGAGUACCCUGCGGACGACGGACGUCGCUGCUGCCCGGUGUAGGCCUGUGACACACUGUGGGAGGGGGCAGGGGCUGUCCGCGGAGGUUGCUGUGAUGCGAGCAUGUCGAUGUCCAAAGCUAAUUCGACAGCAUCCUCAUAGGUGGUGAUUUUGGAGGCCUUCAUUUGCAGGCGGACCUCCGGACGGAGUGCAGCCAUGAAAAAUCCCAAAUAUUGCUGACAAGAGAUGUCUGGAACUUGCGCGAGGCGUGCCUCAAAAGCCUCCACGAAUUCAGUUAGAGAGCCCGUGUGGCGGACUGCUGCGAAGGCUUCAUACUCGUUCAAUACCCCAGUGCCUCCGAAGUGUUUCAUCAACUCUCUCGCGAAACGAGCCCACGUCAGAUCCGGAACUCGAUGUCGCAACAACUGGUACCAAGGGAGGGCCGCGCCUGCCAAAGCCACCAUUGCGACGCCCACCCGGUCCUCGGGGGCGGUUCCCGCGAUCAAGAAGUAUUGUUCCGCCCGUGCAAGCCAAGCGAGGGCGUCCGAGCCGUCGAAGGUGGGCAUGGGCGACGCCGAGGCACCCCCGGUGGGUGUUUGUUUUGACCCUUGUGCCGCUGAUGUGGAACCGUCGUCGGUGUUGGAAGGGUCCUUGAGUUUCAGUGAGGCGAAACCCGCUCGCAUCUCCUAGAGCGUGGCGGUCAGUUCGGUUCGGACCUCUGCUACCUGGUCCUCAGUGUGGCGGAACUGAGUAUUCAGUUCCUUUACAGCCGCGUCCAAUGAUAAGUUACUCCGCUGCAAAUCACCCGUCGCCUUCUCCAAUUCAUCCAGUCGCGUGUCCGCCCGAGAGUUCACCAUCGCUCACCGCACCAAUUGAUAGGAGUGAAAGGCGUGAGGGGAACAGAGAGCACGAGUUAUGCUCCUUAAUCAAAGCAACAAUGUGUAAAUGCAGAGAAUAGAGGAAUGAUCACUUGAUUGAAUAGAAUGUAAAGAAAUAACAAUCCUCCGCAGAGGCCUACGACCAAGUCGUCCAAUACAAUGAUCUCUCUAAGAUGAAUUGAACUCCCUAGCUUACAUUUAUUUAUACUCUAAAGUAAAUAACCAAAAUGCAUAAAAAUAGGAAUUGCAUAAGAAUAGGAACUGCCUUGCCGAGCUCAGUCUCUCCUGCCUCCUUAUUCUUCUCCACAAGCUUCUGCUUCAGUUUCGCCUGCCUCCUUAUUCUUCUCCACCGGCCAAACUACUCCCCUAUUUCCUCGGCGAUAGACCUUCCAAGAUCUGUCCGUAUCAGGUGAAUUCAUGGUGUUGUUUCAUCUAAGGAUCUUGCAAUUUUUGGUUCAUCAUGGGGAUUGAAUAGAAAUACGGUUUUGUUUCUGGGAAUUACACAAGUAAUGGCUUUCUUAAAAUAUCUUGCAAUGGUGGCUUGAAUCAAAUGCGGUCUGCGAUAUGUGACAUGGUUACAAUUGCUCGACUUCUAAAUCUUACAAUGGUCGUUCCAGAGCUUGACAAAACAUCAUUCUGGGCCGAUCCUAGCAAUUUUGAGGAUAUUUUUGAUGUGGAACAUUUCAUCAAUUCAUUAAGAGAUGAAGUCCGAAUAGUAAAGAGGUUACCAAAGAGGUUUGGCCAACGAUAUGGAUAUCAACCAUUUGUGAAGGCUCCUGUUAGCUGGUCAAAUGAGCAAUACUACUUGCAACAGAUUCUUCCUCUCUUUGCUGAACACAAAGUGUUACACUUCAACCGAACAGAUUCGCGGCUGGCCAACAAUGGGAUUUCCCUGGAGCUUCAGAAACUUAGGUGCCGUGUCAAUUUUCAUGCCCUAAAGUUUACCCCUCAGAUCGAGGCACUGGGAAACAAGUUGAUCCAUAUAGUGCAACAGAAGGGGCCCUAUUUAGCCUUGCAUUUGAGAUAUGAGAUGGACAUGUUGGCCUUUUCUGGAUGCACACAUGGAUGCACCAAAGAUGAAGCAGAAGAGCUCAAACGAAUGAGAUACACGUUCCCUUGGUGGAGGGAAAAAGAGAUAGUAUCGGAAGAGAAAAGAUCACAUGGCUUAUGCCCUCUUACUCCGGAAGAGAUGGCUUUGAUAUUGCAAGCAUUGGACUUUAGCAGAGAGACACAGAUCUAUAUUUCGUCUGGUGAGAUAUAUGGCAGCGAAAGGAGACUUGCAACACUAAGAGCCACUUUUCCAAGGAUUGUGAAGAAAGAAAUGCUGCUGGCCCCUGAAGAUUUGCGGCAGUUCCAGAACCAUUCUUCUCAAAUGGCAGCACUCGAUUUUAUGGUUUCUGUUGCCAGUAAUAUCUUUAUUCCAACGUACGAUGGUAAUAUGGCAAGGGUUGUAGAAGGCCAUCGUAGGUAUCUCGGAUUCAAGAAAACAUUCCAACUGGAUCGUAGAAGACUCGUGGAACUUGUUGAUUUACAUCAUAAUCAAACUCUCUCAUGGGACGAGUUUUCAGCUGCUGUGCGGCUGGCUCAUGAGACGAAAAUGGGACAGCCGUCUCAGCGUAGAGUUAUUGCAGACAAGCCGAAAGAAGAAGAAUAUUUCUAUGCGAACCCUGAGGAGUGUCUGUGUGAAGACACGAGGUGUGCGGACUUGUCGCCCAUUUGGAAUGCUACCAUGUCUUGAUGAGAUAGGCCUCCAGGCGAGGAGCUACUUAGAUAUAAUGUACAGAUUGAGCAUGGAGUGGUAUCAAGUGAGGAGCAUUGAUGCCAUUUGAGAAAGCAAAGGCUUAGAUUUGGCAGAAUGCUUGGAUGAAACCGGUAGAGACAAGUAGCAAGAGACCAGACCUAAUUUGUUGAUAGGUAUGUGAUUUUGGUCAUCACAAGGUAUUAUUUAUGAGUUGCUAUAAUUUCCUCGAUUCAUUUUGUUCAUAAGCAUUUCUUUUCUUUUGCUUCUGACUGCAGUUUGUAAUUCACACACACUUCCCAGCUAUUUAUAUAAAAGUUGCCCCAGUUUGUAAUUA